AUGACGACUGUCGUUUCGAUUGACCCGGCUCCUGCCUACAACGACGCAGAGAGGGGCACCCUCGACAUUACCUCCAGGCUCCCGGUUGCCAGCUCGUACCCCGACGAGAAGAAGGCAAACCUCGUAGUCGCGGAGGUCAUCCCCGCCAAGAAAGACACGCCAGCCCCGGCUCCGAAGCCGGUGAGCAAGCCACCGAAGCACAAGCCUUCCGCUUGGACGCGAUGGCAGGUAUGGUUCAACACGUACAGGAAGUUCUUCGUCUUCACGUUCAGCUUGAAUAUGAUCGGCCUCGGUCUUACUGCGUCGGGGCAUUGGCACUACCCGCUCAAGUUCCCCGGCGCUUUCAUUCUGGGCAAUCUGCAAGUGGCGAUCCUUGUCCGAAACGAGUUGUUCGGUCGCUUCCUCUACCUGACAUGCAACACCUUGUUCGCUAAGUGGACACCCUUAUGGUGGCGCUUGGGCUGCACCUCGGUCCUCCAGCAUCUUGGCGGUAUCCACAGCGGUUGUGCCGUCUCCGGACUGAUCUGGCUGCUGUAUCACGUCGUCAAUCUGUUCCGGGCGAUGCACAGCUACAACGACUCGGUCCUGGCGUUUGGAGUCGCCACGAACUUUGUAGUGGCUGCCGCCGCUCUGUCCGCCUUCCCGUGGAUCCGGAACAACCACCACAACGUCUUCGAGCGGAACCACCGUGCUUUCGGUUGGUUGGGCAUCAUCAUCACCUGGGCUUUCACUAUCCUCGGUGAUUUGUGGGAUGUAAACACUCGGACCUGGAACCUGAGCGGCGUUCACCUGGUGAAGCAACAGGACUUCUGGUACAUCAUCAUGAUGACCACUUUCGUCGCCAUUCCCUGGAUUUGCACUCGCGAAGUCGAGGUCGACAUUGAGCUUCCUUCUCCUAAAGUUGCCAUCGUCCGCUUCAAGCGGGGCAUGCAGCAAGGUCUCUUAGGGCGUAUCUCCCGUCACCCGAUCAAGGAGUACCAUGCGUUUGGUAUCAUCUCUGAGGGCACGCACUCCAAGUACCACUACAUGAUCUGUGGUGUGCAAGGCGACUUCACGCGCAGUCUCGUCAACGACCCCCCUCGCACGCUUUGGACGCGUCAGCUAAAGUUCGCCGGCAUUUCCAACACGUCCACCCUGUACAAGCGUGGCAUUCGUAUUUGCACGGGCACUGGCAUUGGAGCCGCUCUCUCGACUUGCAUCCAAUCACCGAACUGGUUCCUUAUCUGGAUCGGCUCCGAUCAGGAAAAGACCUUCGGCCCGACCAUCAGCGGUCUCAUCCACAGGAACAUCGAGCCCGAGCGAGUACUGCUGUGGGACUCGAAAGUUCGUGGCGGUCGCCCUGAUACCAUGAAAAUUCUGAAGGAGAUAUAUCACUCCUUCGGUGCUGAAGUUGUCUUCAUCACCUCGAACUAUGUCGGCAACUUCGAGAUCAUGCAUGGUUGCAAGGAGGCCGGCAUCCCCGCCUUCGGAACGCUUUGGGACUUCUAAACGGUCGCG